AUGAGGUCCCACCAGAUGGCCGCUUUUUUCGCCGUCUCGCUUAUGAUGAUGGUGGUGCUAGGAGCUUUGUCUGCACCGAUCCCGAGCCCAAGACCGAUCGAGGACAUCUAUCCUAGCCAGCUUCCCGAUGCUGGCACGGCGCAGAUCGUUGCAGGAGACAGUGGCAUUUUGCCCACGCUGCUCGCCGUCGGCUUUGAUCCGAACGAUAGAUCGGUUCUCAAGCCAGUGAAAAACUCGAUGACCCAACGCAAUACCGCCUAG